AUGUUCACGUCCAAGUCCAACUCGGUGUCGCCCUCGCCGUCCCUGGAGCAGGCUGACUCGGACGCGCUGGACAUCAGCACCAAAGUGCAGCUCUACGGUGUGCUGUGGAAGCGGCCGUUCGGGAGGCCGUCGGCCAAGUGGUCCCGGCGGUUUUUCAUCAUCAAAGAGAGCUUUCUUCUUUACUACUCUGAGAGCGAAAAAAAGAACUUUGAAAACAAUAAAUACUUCAAUAUACAUCCUAAGGGCGUCAUCCCCCUGGGAGGCUGCCUGGUGGAGGCCAAGGAAGAACCCAGCAUGCCCUAUGCCAUGAAAAUCUCCCACCAGGACUUCCAUGGCAACAUCUUGCUGGCUGCUGAGUCCGAGUUUGAGCAGACCCAGUGGCUGGAGAUGCUACAGGAGUCCGGGAAGGUGACUUGGAAGAACGCCCAGCUGGGAGAAGCCAUGAUCAAAAGCCUGGAGGCCCAGGGGCUGCAGUUGGCCAAGGAAAAGCAGGAGUAUUUAGACAAACUGAUGGAGGAGACGGAAGAACUCUGCCUUCAGAGGGAGCAGAGAGAGGAGCUUGAGCGCCUUAACCAGGUGCUGGAGGCCGAGAAGCAGCAGUUUGAGGAGGUGGUGCAGGAGCUGAAAAUGGAACAGGAGCAGAUCAAAAGGGAGCUAGAACUGACUGCAAGAUGCCUCAAGGGUGUGGAGCAAGAGAAGAAGGAGCUGAGGCACCUUACAGAGUCCUUGCAGCAGACGCUGGAGGAACUCUCCAUAGAGAAGAAGAAAACCCUGGCAAUGCUGGAGGAGAAUGAGAACCAGCUGCAGACACUGGCCAAUCAGAGUGAGCAGCCCCCUCCCAGUGGGGGUCUCCAUAGCAACCUGAGGCAGAUAGAAGAGAAGAUGCAGCAGCUCUUGGAGGAGAAGCUCCUGGCUGAGAAGCGGAUGAAGGAGAACGAGGAGCGCUCUCGGGCCCUGGAGGAGGAGCGGGAGUUCUACUCGAGCCAGUCCCAGGCGCUGCAGAACUCGCUGCAGGAACUGACCGCAGAAAAGCAGCAGGCUGAGCGGGAGCUCAAGGCCGAGGUGAAGGUCCGCAUGGACCUGGAGAGGCGUCUGAGGGAGGCAGAGGGGGCCUUGCGGAGCCUGGAACAAGGGCUCAACUCCAAGGUGCGGAACAAGGAGAAGGAGGAGAGGAUGCGGGCUGACGUGAGCCAUCUGAAAAGGUUCUUCGAGGAGUGCAUCCGGAACGCGGAGCUGGAGGCCAAGAUGCCGGUCAUCAUGAAGAACUCGGUGUACAUCCACAAGGCGGCCACUCGCCGCAUCAAGAGCUGCCGCUUCCACCGGCGCCGGUCCAGCACCUCCUGGAAUGACAUGAAGCCGUCCCAGUCUUUCAUGACCUCCCAGCUGGAUGCCAACAACAUGGAAGAGCUGAAAGAGGUGGCCAAGAGGCUCAGCCGGGACCAGCGCUUCCGAGAAUCCAUCUACCACAUCAUGGCAAGCCAGCCAGGAGCCCCCUCGGUGAUUCCCCGGGGUGGAAAGUGA